ACCUUUGUUCCGGACACAUGGUGCAGGGUGGGCGUGUCGAGGGCGCUGAUGUAAACACAAAGUAGCCUCAUCCCCAUCGGAUAAGUGACUGUGAAGCGAAUUGGCGAGAUUAACCCAAAUAGCUGUUAUUGUCGGGGGAAACGCUCCGUCGUCCGUCCUAUGUAAUAUGCUUUAGUGCACUGAAAGGCAACGUCAUGGACUUCUACAUCAAUCUGAAGGUGAAUUUCAGAGGAAAUUCCAAAAAUUUCCUCCUGUCGGGAUCCGAGACCAAGAGCUGGGAGUCAAUGGAAGCAAUGGUGAAACGAUCUUUUGGUCUGUCCAGUCUUCAGCUGACAUAUUUCGAUGAAGAGAAUGAAGAGGUGUCUAUUAACAGCCAAGCGGAGUAUGAGGAGGCACUGAAGAGCGCAGGAAGGCAGGGGAACCGACUGCUAAUGAACGUGUACGAGACUCGGGCCCAGCCGACACGGGUCCCCACCAACAAGGCCAGUGCAACAGAGCCAAAGAGGGGCUUCAGACCCCCACAGCACUGCCCUGCUCUGGCCCAGGUGGUCAGCCGCAAAGUCCAGGCUGCAGUGCCGGAUCAGGGCAUGCAGUUGAUAAUGAAAGAGGUGAAAGGGACCAAAGAAGAAGACAAGACUCCUCCAGCCUGGUUCACAUCCUACAUGGAGAAGUUUAAGGACCAGGUGGUCCGUGAGGCCGUGGAGAAGAUCUGCAGAGAGUUUUCUGGACAGUGCUGCAUCCACAAGCCCCUGGGAGGAGGUGGAGGAACAGGGACGGGAGGCGGAGGUAGAGCGGAAGCAGUGGGAGGAGCAGAGGCUGAGCAAGUCCCUGAGGUUUCUUCUUCCACUCUGCCUGGAGCUCCAUCCUCCUCCACCCCUCCUUGCUCCUCCUGCAGGGGGCAGACCACUGGAGGAGGCUACCAGUGCAGUGUGUGUACGUCCUGUACUCUGUGUGAACCCUGCAGCUUCUCUCAUGACCCCAGUCAUAACCUGGUGAGAGCUAGGACUCCUCUUUCCAUUCCAGAGCACGGAUCCCCUGCCCCGGACCACAGCAGGUUCUACAGGCGAGGUGACCGCAGCUUCCGGAAGGCAGAGAAGCAGCGUCUGAAAGCAGAGAAGCGCUUGCUGAAGGCUGAGGUCAAAGAGAUAAGAAAACAGUUGAGGAUGGAGAGGCGAGGAAUACAGUGGAGCUCCUCUCACAGAGACGGAAGCUCCUCCCCUGUCCUUCUGCAACCUCGAGCAACCCAGCACAACAGCCCAGAGCGCCCAAAGCGUCCCUGUCCCCUUGUGGUUCCAGCCAUGACGGCUGCCUUUCUAGAUGAGAACCUUCCUGAUGGAACCCGUCUGCGUCCAGGGACCAAGUUUAUCAAGUACUGGAAGAUGAGGAACACUGGGACAAUCAACUGGAAUGCUGAUACAAAGCUUAAGUUCAUGUGGGGAAACCUAGCAGUUGGAUCUGGGGACCGUUGGAGGGAAGUGUCUGUCCCCUUCCUCCAGCCUGGACAGAUUGGUAUAGUGAGUGUAGCACUAUGUGCUCCCACUGUGGAAGGCUCAUACACUUCCCACUGGCGCCUUGCCCACGCCGGAGAGCAGUUUGGACCAAGGGUUUGGUGCAGCAUCGUGGUUGAUCCGCUGGCUCCAGCACCAAUGAUGGCUGAUGGGAUACUGGUGUCACCCUGUGUCACACCACAGGGUAAGAACCCAGUGACAAAGGAUGGAAAAGCCUGUGCAACAUUGAGGGAACAACCAUUAAUGUCGGUGGACCAAGAGGAGUACUUUAUCCCCUCGGUGGACCUGCUAACUGCACAGGAUCUUCUGUCAUUUGAGCUGUUGGACAUCAACAUUGUCCAAGAAUUGGAAAGUGUCCCAAACAACACGCCAGCAGACAUGACACCAUGCAUGUCCCCUCUGCCUCAAGAUGGAACUGUGCAGGACAAAAGCAGUCCCUCCUUGGGUCUCAUCCAGGAAGAGACUGAAGCCAUCAAUAGCAUCAUGAAUGUUCCUCAUGAAGCAGGAGCUGGAGCCGAAGGAGGCAGUGUCCCAGCUCAGGAGGAAGGGGAUGAUGACAUCAGUGGGACUCAGUUUGUUUGCGAGACAGUGAUUCGCUCCAUGACUUUGGAGGAAGCCCCUGACCACGCCCCUUUAAGAGCGUCUCGUUCAGGGUCAGGUAAAGUAGUGCGACCUGCUGCUCAGGGUGGCUCCUCCUCCUCCUCCUGUGUGAAGAGUAAAAUAGUGAAAACAGAGGAGAGCCCAGACAGCAGUCCCAGCAGCCCGAAAACCCCUCAGAAACCACCAGCUACCCUGAAAGCUUCUCUCCCUGCCCCACUGAAAGCGUCCUUGCCUGCUGCCCUGUUUGCAACACAGAUCCUGGGACCUGGCCCCAGCUCAGCACCCACACCACUCCAUGGCUCACCCAGGGCUUCAACACUGCAGGAACAUGUGAAUACAGAUACAGGGGAAGUUUCCCACAUGAAGAGCAUCUGUGUGGAGUCCAGGCUGAAAGAGAAAGAGAAGGAGUCAGAAGAGGGAGGGGAGAAAGAAGAUGAGGAGAAGAGAGAAGGCAUAAGAAGUCGCUCCUCGUCCACCUCCUCAGAGGAUUACAUCAUCAUCCUCCCCGACUGCUUUGACACAAGUCGCCCAUUGGGGGAGUCCAUGUAUAGUUCAGCUCUGUCCCAGCCUGGCGACAUCACAGUCAUAACCCCCACAGACCCAGAAACCUCUUCUCCUAACCAGCUGGGCGGCUCCAUCCCAGAGGUAGAGCUGGGUGAAGGUGAUGCUGCAGCAGGUCUAGACACAGGGAUGUCAGGCGCCAGUAGUGCUAAUGACAUGCUUUGCACAUCUCAGACGCUGGACGACGAGCCGCUAACACCUGAGGUUGUGGCCCUGCCGCAAAACGUCAUCAACCCAAGCCCAGAGAGCAGUGAAGAAACAGAUUUCACAGAGGGAGCAGAGGGCUCAGAGGGGUCGGAUCUGUACCAAACAGAAGAUGAGUCUGGUCCUAAAAAGCCUCCAAAAGAGGACGCUGACGCUUCUGAAGACACGGAGGAGGACAACUCUAAUGAUCCCAGACACCCAGGCAUCACCAGCGGCCUGGUAAAAGGAGCUUUGUCGGUAGCUGCUUCUGCCUACAAAGCCCUGUUCACUGGACAAGGCCCCACACAGCCUCCAGUGGAUGCAUCCACACAGGAAACCAUGAUGGCCGUACUAGUGGAGAUGGGAUUUGGGGAUCGGCCGCUGAACCAGCGACUACUUAACAAAUAUAACUACAACCUUCUGGAUGUUGUCAACGAGCUGGUUCAGUUGACCGACAAUGACUGGUACUCUACACGCUACUAACACGAAAGGCAGGAAGAAGUGUAUGGUCGGACCAGGCUGAUAUUUCUAAAGCAUGGCUUGGAGGAGUACAUGAAGAGUAUGUAGAGUAACAGCAAGGUCAUUCCAAACUGAGAUCAGAACAGCAGCGUGUGUGACUAUGUGAAAAUGUUUUUUUCUUUUACAGAAGUUUAAAUAGAUACAGAACUUCCCGGUUUGAAGCUAUGACUAUCAGCUAAAUUAAUAACUUUAAGUUAAGAUUGUUUAAGAUGUUUUUGUUUGAAUGCUUGAGUUUUCUGGAAAUGUAAAAACUUUUAAGGUGUAAUAAGAGAUGAGCUAUUGUAUAUUUUAGGCUUAUCGUGUGGUGGUUGAAUUUGCACUGCUGUAUGUGUGUGUUAAUGUUUUUCUUUGUAGAAAAAUGUCGCCAAAUGAGUUAAGAUUGUUUUUUUGUUUGCCAAUGAGGAGAAUUGAAGGAUAUGGGAGUAAAGAUAAAGAAACACUUGAAUAACAACAGCACUUGUAGGAUUAAAGUUAACUUUCAACAUAUAUUAUAUUUUAAUAGUGGUCAAAAAAAAUGGUGGAGUAUGUUUUUCUGGACCCAAAGUCCAUCUGGAAUUAAAAAAGGAUGAAUUAAAACAAACUCAGCAAAUUAGAAGAAUUUUUUUUUUUUUUUUUGCUGUGUGCCAAGUUAGCUCUGUUUGUGGAUCAGGCGCUCCAUGUACAGAGGCUACUUCUUGCUAAUGAGAUGUACUGUCAAAAAAAGCAACCCUACCCAAAAAAGAAAUAUAUAUAUAUAUUUUUUAAGAAACUGUUUAACAUUUUGUGAAAUACACAAAUAACAUGUUUGCAGGAUGUGAAUUGAGAUUUAAACCACUCCCUGUCAUCUAAUUUUCCACUUAAAUUCAAAUAAGUGAUAAAAUCCUGAGCUACUUCUUGAGGGUUUAGAUAUCAGUAAUUGGCUUUGACACUCAGUGAUUCUUAUCUGUUUCUUAAUAAGCAAUGAUAGGACUCCAGACAAACGUGAUCUGGUAAAGAGUGUAUUGAGACAUUUUCUUCAGUAGUGCUUUGUUUUCAAAACCAAAGUUUUCUUCGGCAAAAGGUUGACUCACUUGCACCAUCAACAACCAUGCAAGAGUACUGUUUCUCUGUACUAACUCUCUCUCACUAUGAUAACAGUGACCUCUAAACUUAAUGACAAACAGGUGACAAGUAUUCUCAAAGGAAAUUGGAGGUUUAACAAAGAAACAAAUCAUUGUUUAAUCUGUUUUCAUUGAAAUGUGUAUUUGACUUAAUUAUUAUACACAGUUCUGAGGGGACAAGCUGUUAUCUGCCACAGUAUACCUGAUCUUCAUGUUAUGUAUUCCAAGGAUUUAUUUUGCAUCAUAUUCACUUAACUGAACCUCACCACAGUCCCUUAACAAACAUCACGCUUCAUUCUGGUGAAAUGGAACCUGACUGAAAUGUGCACCUGUGAUGAUGGUGAAAGUUUCACACACUGCUCUGUAUGUCAUUAAGUUUGAAAUCGACUCUUAUGUGUUCAGUGAGGAAUUGUCCUGUAAAAAAAAAUCAUUCAGUGUAUGAAUAUAAGUGAAGUGUUUAAGGAGGAGAAAAGCUGGAUUGUUUGAGGUUUUUUUUCUGUGUUGCACUUUAUGAACAUGGUUAUGAUGUACAAAUCAAUCUGUAUCUGAUUAAAGUUAUUACACCAAUGAGA